UAAAAGAUAAUGCUUGCAUUUACCAGAUAAGGCACAAGAAUGGUAGACUCGGUAUUGAUUGUAGGAUGUGGAGUCAUGGGUUUAUCCACCGCCUUACACUUGGCUAAAAAAGGAUACCAAGUGAAGGCUAUCGAUGCUUACCCAGUUCCCUCUCCUUGGUCUGCUGCUUGCGACUACAAUAAGAUCAUUAGAACUGAAUAUGCAGAAUUGGUGUACACAAAAAUGUCCCUCGAAGCUUGGGAGUUGUGGAGAAAUGAUCCCUUGUACAAAGAUGUCUACAAAGAAUGUGGUAGAGUGUUGGUUACCCCUCCUCUGCACCAAGGAAGAAAAAAAUUCGAAGCAGUUGGAAUUGCAAAUCUCCAGUCUCUAGGCGGUGGUCAAAGAAUUGAAUACAAGAAAGGGGGAAAGGCUUUGGCCAAGCAGUUUAAGUUUCUCAAGUACAACACCAUGUCGGAGCAGAGUGAGUAUAAGUGGAAUCCUGAAACCGGUAUUGGUAUUGCCGGUAAGUCCUUGAAAGCAGUGUAUUUGGCAGCCAAAGAACUUGGCGUAGAGUUUGUUUUUGGAGAAGCUGGUAGAGCUGUUGAAAUCAAGACUGAAGGAGGAAUUGAUACAGUGUUUACUGCAGAUGGCUCUAGAUACAGUGCUGACCAAAUUGUCAUUGCCUCAGGUGCUUCAGCUGGUAGUCUAUUGGACCUCAAACAACAACAAUCAGCCACUGGACUUUUUGUCACGCAUAUUCAGUUGACUGAAAAAGAAUACCAAAAGUAUAAGGAUAUUCCAGUUGUAUUUGAUUCAGAUUUGGGAUAUUUCUUCCCACCCGAUGAAGAUACUAGAAUCCUCAAAAUCGCCUUGCCAGGCUCAGGUGCCCAAAAUUAUGUGCGGUCAAACUUCAGAGACGAAACCAGAUCUCUACCAAGGUAUAAGAACCAGCACCCUGAAGACACUAUGCCUACCGAAUGCAUGGUCAUCGCCAAACAGCUUUUGGCUACCUAUAUUCCAGAAUUGGCCUACUUAUCAACCAUAAGGCCUGUUGGAUUGCCGAUACCUCUGAUUCGCACUUUAUUAUAGACAAAGUGCCCUACUUAACAAAGGUAUACGCUGCAACUGGUGAUAGUGGACAUGCCUACAAGCUUUUACCCAACAUCGGAAAGUAUAUUGUAGACAAGUUGGAAGGCAAGUUAGAGGUUGAAAUGGACUCGUUAUGGCGGUGGAGGGAAGAUCUUGAAGGAUUUGACCCAACUAAGCUCACCUGGAGAAUUGCCGCACAAAGCACCGAAUUCUCAAAAAUUGACUGGGUUUCGGAUCAUGACCGAGUUCCCUCUAGCGAUUCACACUUAUAGAUAACUUGAUUUGACAUAGAUAUUGAAGCUCGUAGAAAAGGUCGAUAUCCGUGGGCAUAGGCUCAGGCGCCCAUGGGCGGUAUCGAU